AAGAGUUAGACACAUUAAACAAUUUGUUACAGUACUUUAAGCCUGCUUUGAAAAGAUUUUAAAAAUACAGUGUAAUUAUACAAUCAUGUUAUUAUAUAAACUAUUUUGCAAAGUUAAACUAGUUUAAUUAGCUUUGACAUAGGGGGUUGGUAAUUAUAAAAGAACUGUCUGCGUAUAAAAAGUGGUCUACCUUAGGCGAGACUAAAGUAUCUACCGUUUCUUCGUAAACAACGAACGAAACCGCGGUAUCUAUAUACUAUGAUUGCCCUGAGUAAUACAAACAUUACAUCAGUCUUUUCUCCAAUGUCUGUAUAAUGGGAAUCUACUCUCGUUUCGCUGCUGCGCGGUAUGUGUGAAAUGGGCACGUUGGUUGACUCCGACGAUUUCAACGCUUUUCGGCGGGAAUAGACACCGUCAAUUCCCGUCAGUUUUGUGCGAGUUCUAUGAAUAGUAAGUAAAUGGUGCGAGUCCUAAAAAUGGAAACGUAGGAAACUGGGCUAGAUUGACAGUGCACAUCAGGAUAUUCAGAACCACCAUAGAAUAACAUUGCUUAACUAAAAUGUCCAAACCGCUAGGAACAUUUUUCGCAUGCAUUUCUGACGCCCGUGCCAUAAACCGUCUCAUACAGACAGAAUUCAUUUUAACGACCGUGGAAUAUCACAACACGUCUAUAGCUAUAUCUGCCAGAGUUUGUAUACCGACUCUGGUAUAAGCAAUUUCCUAGCAAUGUUAGCAAUAGCGAACUUAAACAGGAAAUUAACAAAUUAGGCUAACACCCGAGGUAAUCUGGUCCCUAUACAACGUUAUACAAUGUGCCUAAUCACGGGAAAAGAUACUGUUGGCUGCUGAAGAAAAUGUGUAACCUUUUUAAAAGCAGGAAAUGUGUAAAAAAAACAAUACUAAUGACAUUCUGUAACGUUUAAAUCCAAAAAUCUCGCUAAAAACAACAUUAUUUCGUUAAAUCGACCCUAUAUUGCGAUUUUUCAUACGUCAUAAUCGUUCAAUAUCUCGAAAUAAUGCCAAUUUAAUAGGCGCCUUAUAAUCCAGGAUUAUAGCGGGGCAUAAACAAUUUAUUAAAUCAGAAGGUUUCGUAUAGUAUAUUCAUUUCAGUCUUUUAUUGUGCAAUAUUUUAACUCAGUGUUAUUACAUCGGAUUUUGUGUAAAAAAUAGCAAAAUUACAUUAAAGUGUUUGUAUUUAAUACAAUUUAGUUUGAAAUUGUUGUGUACAGUUUGGUAGAAGCAAUUUUAAAAUGGCGGACCAUAAUGUUUUUGAUCCAACUGCUGAACUCAUGGCAUUACAUGGCAAAAUGGAAAAAUACACACGAGUUACUUGGCAAGGAAACUCGAAACUGGACAAAAGUUUUCAGCAAAAAAUUAACGAAAUUAUUCUCGGCUGGGAGGCGGACUUGGAAAAAAUAAAAGCAGAAGACGAAACACUUAUGGAAGCGAUAAAGAAUUUCAGUCGGGGUGAAACGUCUGAUAGCAACCAACUUAAGUACGAGAACAAAAAGCACAAAGUAAAUGGAAUACACGAUCAGUUCCUCAGAAGCGUUCAAAAAGUAGACUCGGCGCAUUUGGAACAAAUAAAACGUACAGCCGACGUUCUAGACGAAACUUGUAAAGAAAUGAUGCAUUCUCAUCUCGAAAAAUCGUUAAAAGAAGACGUCAAACAAAUGAAAACUAUGGUACAUACACUUGUACAAGACAUGUAAACAAAGUUAUUUAGCUCGGCUUUAACUUUAAUUGAGAUCGAACUUUGUAUUUUAAUGCGUUCAGUCACGGUUAUUUAUACUAUUCGUUUUUUUGAUGAUUUUUUUUGCGUUUUGGUUUAUACUUUCACAUGUUUUUUUAUUAAGUGCGGCAAGAUAGUAUUGAUAGAUAUAAAGGUAUAAUAAGCCGCUUGCGGCACAGUUGUUUAGAUACUUAAAUUAAAUGAUAGCCAAAACAAGGUAUUUAGACUUAAGAGGGAUUUACAACUAAAUUGAGUCUUAUACGUUUCCAACACGGUGGAUUUUACGACCACUGACAAACAUGAAAAAGGUGGGCUAUAAAUUCUAUACGUAACACAAAAUAUUUUAUAUCGUUGCUUCAACUUAC